AUGGCUAGUCUCGCUCAGCUCGGAUCCAAGCAUGUCGCAAAGGGCGUCGGCCGCUUGACAGAGAUGGUCAUGACCGAGGGCAAGGGGACCUACAUCAAGACGGAGUGCGGCAGGACCAUCCUCGACUUUACCUGCGGCAUCGGCGUGACCAACCUCGGCCACUGCCACCCCAAGGUUACCAAGGCGGCGCAGGAGCAGGUCGGCACGCUCGUCCACGGACAGGUCAACCUCGGCUACAACAAGCCUUACCUCCAGCUCAUCGAGAAGCUCCUCCCCGUCAUGCCUCACAAGUCGCUCGACUCCUUCUUCCUCUGGAACUCGGGCGCCGAGGCAGUUGAGGCGUCGAUCAAGCUCGCGCGCCAUGCGACCGGCAAGCAGAACAUCAUUGUCGUUCAGGGCUCGUACCACGGCCGGACGUUCGGCACGAUGGCUCUUACCAAGAGCAAGACGAUCUACGGAGCUGGAUACGCGCCUUUGAUGCCCGGCGUCUUCACCACUCCCUACCCCUACUGGCACCAGCUCGGUCUCCCCCACACGACCUCGAACGACGACCUCGUCGAGAACGCCCUCUACCGCCUCGAGCUCCUCCUGAAGCAAGAAACCGCCCCUCGCGACACCGCCGCGAUCCUGAUCGAGCCGGUCCUCGGAGAGGGAGGAUACAUCCCCGCUCCCAAGGGCUACCUCGAGGGCCUCCGUCGCAUCUGUGACGAGAACGGCUUGUUGCUCAUCAUUGAUGAGGUCCAGACUGGGUUCGGAAGGACGGGCAAGUACUUCGCCAUCGAGCACUACCCGAACGUGAUCCCCGACAUCAUGGUCAUGGCGAAGGGAAUCGCCAACGGCUUCCCUCUCUCGGGUAUCGUCUCGCGCAAGGAAUUGAUGGACAAGCAGCCCGCCGGCUCGCAAGGCGGCACGUACGGUGGCAACGCUGUCUCGUGCGCAGCGGGUGUUGCGGUCCAGGAGGCGUUCAAGGAGGAGGGGAUCCUCGAGAACGUCCAGGCAAGGUCGGAGGAGUUGUUCGGCAUGCUCAAGGAGCUUCAGAAGGACGAGAAGAUUGGUGACUGUAUCGCUGAAGUCCGCGGACUCGGUCUCAUGGUCGGUAUCGAGUUCAAGUCGCCUACGGACCGCUACACACCCGCCAAGGGCACCGUUCCCGCCAAGAUGAGCUCGAGGGUGCAGAACAAGUGCCUCGAGAAGGAUCUCCUGACCCUCACCACUUCGGUUUACGAGACGAUCCGCUUCAUCCCGCCUCUCAACAUCUCGAAGGAGGACAUGGCCAAGGCUUGCGACAUCAUCAAGCAGGCCAUCACGGACGUCGUUCACGAGGGCUAG